GUUUCAGGGAAUCUUAUGGACGCCAUUAUUAUAACUCGUUUUCAUCAUGGUGGUAAGUUUAUUCAGGACAAAACUGGAAUUACUUAUAAAGGGGAAGCCGAGGUGGAAUAUGUUAAUAUCGACAAGGACCACUUCUCAAUAAUCGAGUUACUUUUUUACACUAAACAAUUGGGGUAUAUUACUGUUGGUGGGUUCUGUGUUAAAGACCCCACAAAAAAUGGCUUUAUUGAGGUGGACACUGAUUUAACAUUAGUAAAUCUCAUCAAAGACCUAAAAGAUGGUGACUUUUUAGACAUUUAUGUAAAGCAUGUGGUGGAUGAUGUAGAAGUGGUCACAACAGGUUUGCUUUGUGGGUCUGUCGUUGAAGAAGACUUAGAAGAUAUAAAUGUGACUGCAAGUGAAGGGUUGAAUCAUGAGGCUGAAUCUGAAAAUGUUAAUGUGGAAGUUGAGCCAGGAGAUAUAUCAGAUCUAGAUGUGGAAUGGACUGAAUCAAAUGAAGAAAGUAGUGAUGACUCUCAAGAGGAUGCUAUUCCUGAUGUGGAUGACUCUGAGGUUGAUGAAGAAUUAAGAUCUCUUAGAAAUGAAAGGAGAAACAAAGUGAAAAAGAAAAAACCUACUCAAACUGAGGAAAUAAAGCUUGGAACAGCUGGUGUUGAUAGAGGCUUUGAAGACAUAGGAAGGAAUAAGGCUGCUAGAUACACUGGAAGACUAGGGGGUGAUGAGCAAUAUAUAGAUAGCUCAGAAUUGGACAGUGAAGACAGUAGGGAUGAAUUGGAUUCAGAAUUUGUGAAGGGUGUUGAUUUACCAAGAAGAAGAAAAAGUAAAAAGGUAAGAUUUGAUCCUGAUUGUGUUGUAGCAAUUUUUGAGCUUGGUAUGGUAUUUGAAAGUGCUGAACAAUUUAGAAAAGCUGUUGCAGACUAUUCUUGUCAAUAUAAAACUAGGUUAAAAUUGAAGCCUAAUGACAAAAAAAGAGUUAGAGUUAAAUGUGAGGACAAGAAAUGUAAAUGGUUGCUGUUUGCUAGUAUAGAUAAAGAUUCUGGUGAUUUUGUUGUCAAAAAUUAUUAUCCUGUGCAUGUAUGUCCUCAAUCGACCAAGAACAAGUUGUGUACAUCUAAGUUUGUUGCAGAAAAGUUCAAGGAUGAAAUAACCUGUCAACCAUAUAUAAGAUUAUGGGAAAUUCAGGAAUUAGUGAGAAAAAAAUUUGGGUUAUAUGUUGGAAGAACUGUUUGUCAUAGGGCAAAAAAGAGGAUUAUCAAGGAGUUCUUAGGUGAUUGGAAGAUGGAAUUUUCAAGAUUGUGUGAUUAUGCAGACAUGAUUAAACAUACUAAUCCUGGUACUUCCUGUUGGGUGAGGACAGAUAGAGAGUCUCAGCCAGGAAAAACUUUGUUUGUUUACUUCUAUGUUUGCUUUGAUGCAUUGAAGAGGGGGUGGUUGGAAGGAUGCAGAAAAAUUAUUGGUUUUGAUGGAUGUUUUCUGAAGGGUUCUUGCAAGGGAGAAUUGUUGGUUGCUGUUGGUAGAAAUGGAAAUCAACAGAUGUUUCCAAUCGCAUGGGCUGUUGUUGACACAGAGACAAAACAUAGUUGGAGUUUUUUUCUAAAGUACUUGAUAGAAGAUCUGAACUUAGGCACAGGACAUGGACUGACUGUUAUGUCAGAUAUGCAGAAGGGCCUUGUACCAGCUUUAUGUGAGUUGCUACCAGAUAGUGAGCAGAGAAGGUGUGCUAGACAUAUCUGGUCCAACUGGCAUCAAUUAUGGAGUGGUGAAGAAAGAAGGAAACAGUUCUGGAGAUGUGCUAAGUCAAGUUUUGAAGUGAAAUUUGAAGAUGAGAUGGAUAAACUCAACAAAUUAGGUAAUAAAAUUUGUGAGGACUUGUUGCAUUAUGAAAAAACUACUUGGUGCAAAGCAUAUUUUAAAGAGCAUUCUAAGUGUGACAUUGUUGAAAACAAUAUGUGUGAAACUUUUAAUUCUUGGAUACUAGUUGCUAGACAUAAGGCUAUCAUAACUAUGCUAGAGGAGAUUAGGCACAAGAUAAUGGACAGUAAUAUUGCAAUGAGGCAAUCUGCUGAAACUUGGAUCUCAGAUAUCUCUCCUAUGGCUAGACUAGUACUAGAAGAGAACAAAGAUCUUGCUAGAUUUUGUGAAGUUAGAUUCAAUGGUGAUAUUAAGUAUGAAAUCUUAGAUGGUCAAUACAGACAUAUUGUUGAUAUAAGUAAAAAGACAUGUACAUGUAGAACAUGGCAAUUGAGGGGCAUACCAUGUCAACAUGCUGUGCUUGCAUAUCAGCACAAAGGCAUAGAACCUGAACAUGAAGUGGUACAUUGGUAUAGGAAAGAGACUUUUUUGAAGGCUUAUAAUCAUUUUCUACAGCCAAUACCAAACAUGAAAAUGUGGCCUCACACUAGUGGUGUAGUGAUUGAACCUCCUGAACCAAAAGUCAUGCCUGGUAGGCCACCAAAGUGCAGAAGAAAGGCAAAGAAUGAGCCUAGAAAAAAGUAUGGAAAGUUAUCCAAAAGAGGAGUAAAAAUGACAUGUUCACUGUGUCAUCAAGUAGGCCACAACAAAAAAUCUUGUCCAACAUUGGCUGAAAUGGGACAACCUGGAGGCUACCCAAACAGGAAACCAAGCUCAAGCCAACCAUCACUGUCUAGCCAACCAUCAAGCUCAAGCCAGCCACCAUUGUCUAGCCAACCAUCAAGCUCAAGCCAGCCACCACUUUUUAGCCAACCAUCAAGCUCAAGUCAGCCACCACUUUUUAGUAGACCAUCAAGCUCAAGUCAGCCACCAGUAUUCAAUCAUCAAGGCAGUUCUAUGUGUUUUGAUUCUUCAGCUGUUAGAAGAGAGCAACAACCUGCUAAAAGCAGAGGCACAUGCAGAGGCACUGGGAGAGGCACUGGGAGAGGUACUGACAGAGGAACUGGUAGAGGCACUGGGAGAGGUACUGGCACUGCCAGUGAAAUUGGAAGAGGCAGUGUUUUCAACAUUGGAGGUGUAUCAAGUCAGCAACCUGAUCAACCAAGGGCUGUGGAAGCUUCAAUAUCAACAGGAAGACAAAAAAGGACCAAGACUAUAGGAUUUGGCAUCUAUACAAAUGCAAGUGGUAGUCAAACCUUUAAUCCUGGUACUUCAGGAGAAAAAGUUAUCAAUUCGAGAGUUUAUAAGGAUGCAUCUCCAACAAAUAUUGAUAUUGGUUAUAAGCCUCGAGGACUCAAGUGGAAUGGUGGAGAUGCUGUCACUGGUUCACAGUUGCAACGUAUCACUCAGUCAAGGAAAAACAAGCGUGGAACAUCUAGUGCACCAAAGAAUGCCUAAUUUAUGUAGACUAGUCACUUUUUGGUUGUGUAAUUAGCAGCAGAAAUUUGUAUUGACUGCUUUGAAACUUGGAGCUCACUAGAGCAAAUUAAUGGCAUGAAUGAUCAAUUUUUACUGCUUUUGAGGC